CACCUGUGAUAUGCAUUUUCAGGGCGUGACCCAGGAAAGGAGCAGGACUCCACUACUUCAGUGAACAGCCAUCAAACUUUCAGUAAUUCAUGAGCAUACGGAUUUUAACAGUCUCCUCUUGUUUUUUUCUCAUCCUGUCAAUUUUCCACCUGGAUUAUGGAAGAAUUCCAGAAAAACUCGCAGCUUGGACAAACAUGAUCUCCAUGAAGGCAAGGCCAUCACAAACAUUCUUCAUCAAAAGCAUGAAGUCCAAUGGUCAAAGGCAGGAUUGGGGAAAGAACUGGGAGAGCACUUGGGAUCUUUUGCCCUACAGCAAUGGGAUCAAAGUUCUGAUUGAUCCCAUGUGGACCCAGGAGGAAAACGAUGCUUGGGACCUGCCAGUGAACAUCAGCACAGACGGGGAUUACGAAGGCAUUUUUUCCCACUUGCCCUCCAGCCAGGAAACCAUGGAAAACCCGCUGUUGAUACGAAACCUCAACAACUCGGUCCUUUUGCCACCAGCAUGGGAAAGGGAUUACGCGCUGACCAACGCUGAUCUCCAGGAUCCAUCGGAACUGCAAAUGACAAGGAAAAUCAUCAUGCCCUUGCUUCAAGAACGAUUUAUGCAGAAUGUUUCCAACGGGGGAAUAUUUUUCGAAGUAGGAGCCUUGGAUGGGGAGAAAUCAUCGCGGACUUUGUACUUGGAGCGGUUUCACAAUUGGACUGGGAUUUUAGCAGAAAUGACGGGACCCAACUUGAAUCUCUUGAGGAGCAAAAAUAGGAAAGCCUGGAUUGCUCCUGUUUGUGUUUCCAAUGAAAAACGGCCACUUGUGGUGAUGACUGAGGAAGGUAAUUCGGACGAACGUCUGAUGCUCGACGUCCAUCCUGGUUUUUCUGCAAAUGAGGAUUUGGUAUCGUUCGAAGAUGCAGCUAUUGAGGAGGACGGGCGCGAAAUGAUGUUUGGUGGAGUGGAUUCAGGCCAUCUUCAGCCUGAUCCCACAAGUCACGAGAGCUUAAUUGAUAUGAUAUCUGAGCCUGCUCGUGUUGUAUUAGAUGUUCCUGUGGAGGCUGCGGAGGUGGCUUCAUCAAUGCAGUUUCUGUCUGGUGGUGAAUGGAGGAAGGUUGAAGAAUUGUUACAAGUUGCUCGGCUGGACGUGUUAUAUGAUGAUGCCUGUUCUGGUUUGACGGCGCGUGUGGAGAAAAAGAGGUCAGAGAAUGCGGUGUUGGAGGAGAAGCUGGCAAUUUUGGAGCUGGAUGAGAUUCGUUUGGUUGAGCGCACAAGCUGUUUGGUGUCGGCUGCAGAGAGGGCCAAUGAGUCGGUUUUGCGUGCUCGGCACAACUUAGAUGUGACGUUUGCUUGUGAAGCCAAGGUGGAUCGUGCAGCUUUGCUAUCAGUCUGUAACCAAAAGGGUCAUCAGUACGUGGUACUGAAGGAUUGUGAGAAUAUCGUGGAAGAGGAUGGUGUGGUGUCAGUUCCCAUGGAGGGUUCUGUGUUCCACUUUGGUCAUCAGGAUGCUUUGCAUCGAUUUUGGGAGUGCAGGCUGGCUCCUGUUGGGGCUGUGCCUGAUGUUGAUAUCUCAGGGAAACGUGUGAGGGAUGAUUGCGAUGACGAAAAUGGUGUGAGAGGUGGGGCAAAGGUGCUGCGUUCCAAUGGUCCUGUGGUGGUACCUCAAGGUGGCUUAUCUCAAAAGGAGGUUCACUUUGCUCCAUCGUUUGCGAGUGUGGUAAAGUCAGGGAGGGAGUCUCCGUUUUCUGUGACAUGUUAUCGGCCUCGUGAUCUGUCAUCGUAUGUAAAGGCUGUGUCGUUACGGAUGGGACUAACUUCUCGGGUCCUGGCAGCAUUGAACGGGCAUAAGGUGGAUUUGCCUAUCCCUGGUUGUCUUGUGGAAGAUUUCCAUUAUGGUGCUCCAAAAUUGCGUCAUGAUGGGCCUGCGUUGAUGCCAGACAAGGCGGUGGCACGGGGACUGUUGUUGUCUGAUUCUUUGUGCUCACUGUUUCGUUUGGUUAGUGGCCGUUGGAUUUUUUUGGGUCGGAUGGGGAGUAUCCAUGAGGUGAUGGAUCCGAUUCUUGAUUUUGAGUAUCUUAUGCGGGAUAUUCCCAUGCAGUUGUUUCAGGUAUGA